AUGGGGCAGCUCUGGGAAGCCCAGAAAGACAAACUCUGUCACCACAGUAUUGCUGGAAUUGUACAUGGCCCUCCUGGUCAGGCAACUCCUGCUGCAGAGUCCCUGGCCCUGGUGAGGGGUGGAAACCGCUGCGAGGGCCUCCUGCAGGUGCAGUCCCUGGGGCAGCAGGGCCUGGUGUGUGGGGACCGCUGGGGCCUGCGGGAGGCGUCUGUGAUUUGCAGGCAGCUGGGCUGCGGUCGUGCCCUCUAUGUCCCCACAUACGUGGUGUGGCCCCAGGAGGCCCAGCAGUCCUUGCUGCAGGGCGUGCAGUGCCAGGGUGUGGAGGCCUCGCUCUGGGACUGCACCCUGGGGAAGUGGGGGUCGCUGCACGGCUGUGAGUGUGAGUGCAUCGGUGCAAUCCACUGCUCAGGCUCUGGCUGGGACCCUGCCCUUUCCCCUCUGCUGGAUUGUUGGUGGGAGGCAGAGGCUCAAAGUGGCAUAUUUGAGGAGAGAGAGAUGAGGGGCAUUGAUACAGGCAAGGAGAGGCCACUGGCACCAGAGGGCCUUGGCCUGCAAAAUCCAAGGCCUGAGCUCCAGAACCAGAGACAGCUGGCCCUGUGUGGAGACCACUGUGGAGGAGGAAAGCUGGCCUCUUUGGGGCUGAGUGGCGGAGGCAGCCCCUGUGCAGGGACCCCCACGAUCCGGAUAACAGAAGGCCCUGUGAUAAGGUUCAACCUGAACUUCCUGGACCUCUGUGACCUCCCAACAGACUCUGAGGUGGUGUGUGCAGUGCCUGCCCAGCAAGGCCCCUAUGCUGCUGCCCUCAGACUGCACCCCAGUCCUGGGGAGGGAGAGGGGCUGGUGGCCCAGGGGUCACCUGGCGAGAUGGCUGACACUGAUGGCAGCUCCUUCCUCGGGCCUCUGGCCAGGGUGUGGCUGGGCACUGGGCUUAAAACUGAGCAGGUGGUUGAAGUGGGCUGCCAGGGGCCAGGUCCAAGCCUGGGAGUGGGCUCCAUGACACAGAUGUGGGGGCCCCAGGCCCUGGGGGUAGAGAUCCUUGUUUGGGGGUGGGGACUGUUGUUGCUGUCCGAAUUCUGUGGGAGCCAGGACCCCAGGGAGAUUGGAGGGUGGGAGAGGCCUCGGCCUGCUCACCCCAGGACCUCUCCUGCCGCUUCAGAGCUCCAGGGGCCGGCCAGCCCAGGUGGUCCUGGGUCCUCCCGCAUCGGUCCUUCCCAUGGGACCCGAGGGCAGCGGUCAGGUCGCUUCACCCCAGAGGCCCGCACGGAGCCGGGCCUGCCCUGUGCUCCAGUCCAGCGUCUGCCCCCAGGACACACCGAGGCCCGGCUGGUGGGCGGCGAGCACCCCUGCGCCGGGCGCCUGGAGGUGAGGCGGGGCCUGACCUGGGGCACCGUCUGCGACGCGGACCUGGACCUGGCCACGGCCCACGUGGUGUGCGGGGAGCUGCAGUGCGGGGCGGCGGCGUCCAGGCCCGAGGGCGCCCGCUUCGGCCGGGGCUCGGGGCCGGUGUGGACGGAGGCCUUCCGCUGUGCGGGCAACGAGUCGCUGCUGUUCCACUGCCCGCGGGGGCGCGGGAGCCAGUGUGGGCCCGGCCGCGACGCGGGGCUCAGGUGCACGGGGGAAAAGUUCAGGCUGGUCAAUGGCAGCAGCAGCUGUGAGGGCCGCGUGGAGCUCCAGGUGCAGGGGUCCUGGGCGCCGCUCUGUGCCACCCACUGGGACAUAGCAGACGCCACCGUCCUCUGCCACCAGCUCAACUGUGGCAACGUGGUGGCCGCACCUCGAGGAGGCCAUUUUGGGGACGGGGGCGCUGCCAUCUGGCCUGACGCGGUUCACUGUGAGGGGACAGAGCCCUACUUGUGGAAUUGCCCAGUAAGCACCCUGGGGGCCCCGGCCUGUGCCCCGGGAAACUCAGCCUCCGUGGUCUGCUCAGGUCUGCCCCACGCCCUGCGACUGAGGGAAGGACAGAGCCGCUGUGACGGCCGCGUGGAGGUCUCCCUGGACGGAGUGUGGGGCCGCGUCCUGGACGAUGCCUGGGACCUGCGCGGCGCGGGCGUGGUGUGCCGGCAGCUCGGGUGCGGAGCGGCCCAGCAAGCCUAUGACGCACCUGCCCCCAGGCGCGGGUCGGUCCAGGUGGCGCUGAGCCGCGUGCGCUGUGUGGGCACUGAAACCCGCCUGACUCAGUGCAACGUGUCCGCGACCCUGCAGGAGCCCGCGGGGACCUCGCGGGACGCCGGCGUGGUGUGCUCCGGGAGCCUCAGGGUGCGGCUGGCUGCGGGGCCGGGGCGCUGUGCGGGGCGCGUGGAGGUGCUGCACGGGGGCGCGUGGGGCACCGUGUGUGACGAUGCCUGGGACCUGCGGGACGCGCACGUGGUCUGCAGGCAGCUGGGCUGUGGCCGCGCCCUGAGCGCCCUGGGGGCCGCACACUUCGGAGCCGGGGCAGGGCGCAUCUGGCUGGACGAGCUGGGCUGCCAGGGCCACGAGUCUGCGCUGUGGCAGUGCCCAUCGGCGGGCUGGGGCCAGCACGACUGCAGGCACAAGGAGGAUGCCGGCGUCUUCUGCUCAGAGUUCACGGAUCUGAGGCUGCAGGACCACAGGCAGCCAUGCACAGGGCGGCUGGAAGUUUUCUACAAUGGGACCUGGGGUGGUGUCUGCCGGACCCUGAGUGUGGCCUCCCUGGGGGUCCUGUGUGGGCAGCUGGGCUGUGGGUCCCACGGGCAGCUGCAGGCCGGGGCAGGAAGCUGGUCUGCCCCUGAGUUUCCCUGGGUGGGCUCCAUCCAGUGCAGGGACAAGCAUGACCGGUCCCUGUGGCAGUGCCCGUCAGCCCCCUGGGACCAGCAUUCAUGCUCCAGCGGAGAGGAAGCGUGGGUCCUGUGCACAGAAAAGGCAGAAGUUCCUGAGGACCCUGGGGAGCCCCUCAACUGCUCCUCCUCGCUCGGCUGCCCAGAGGAGGGCGCACUGCGCGUGCGCGGGAGCGAGGACCGCUGCUCCGGGCGCGUGGAGCUCUGGCACGCGGGCUCCUGGGGCACCGUGUGCGACGAUGGCUGGGACCUGGCGGACGCGGAGGUCGUGUGCCGCCAGCUGGGCUGUGGUCGGGCCGUCGCCGCCCUGGGGGCCGCCGCCUUUGGCCCUGGCUCCGGGCCCGUGUGGCUGGACGAGGUGGGGUGCCGGGGCAGCGAGGCGUCCCUGUGGGGCUGCCCUGCGGAGCGGUGGGGACGCGGAGACUGCGCGCACAAGGAGGACGCGGGCGUGCGCUGCUGGGGUGAGUGGGGCGGUGGGAAAUCGGUCAUGAGGCCAGCAGAGGGCGCUGGGGUGGAGUCCUCCAUGAGGGAGAGGGAGUGGCUGGGCCCUUGGAGCCACCCUGUCCUGCUGAGGGUGUGCAGGUCCCCCCUGACCACCCUGCUGGCUCAAGACCUCUCGUUUCUCAGAGCCUGGCCCAGGCCCCCCGCUGCCUGCAGCUCCCUUUCGGACAUUCUGGGCGGUCUGGGAAGAUCCGAGGCAUCUCCUGGAGAAGCCAUCUAUGAUGUCAUUGGGGAAAUGCCGCUAGCAGGACUGUAUGAGGAUAUCAUGGAGGCCGAGGCCGUGCCCCAAGAUGAGGAGGACGUAGGUGUGGUGAAGGUGGACACAGAAGCCACAGUUUCAGGGGAGGCGUCUAACCUCCUGGAGGGACAGUCUAUAUGUGCGGAGGGAGGACACAGCAGACCUGUUUCUCAGGAAUAUGAUGAGGCUGCGUUUCCUCCGGAGGAGAUGACAUUGUCCAUCACCCAGAAGCCCUGCAGGUGCCCUGGCCUGUCUCUGCUCGAGCCUGGGGGCAGUUCCCACGGGGACCUCUUUCUACCUCCGAGUGGGGUGAUCAAGAAGCCGGAGCCCUGUGGUUUGGCCUUUAAGGCAGAUCAGGAUCUCAACCAAUCACACAGCGUAGAGGCGUUUGUCCUGCAGGGUUUCUCUGAAGACCCUCCGCUCCAGGGCUGCUGCUUUGCUUUUUUCCUCCUCUUUUACCUGAUGGCACUUGUAGGAAACAUCCUCAUGGUCGUGGCCAUCAGCCUGAAUCCAGUACUUCUUUCUCACCAACCUGGCCCUUUAGACAUCGUCUGCACAUCCAUGGACAACAGCAGAGGGGUGGCUGUGCUGUACACAGUGGUCAGCCCCACCCCAAACCCCUCACCUACUCCCUGGGGAACAAGGACGUAUCAGUGGCACUGA